AUGGCCACAGCGUCAACGUUGUCAACACCUCUCAAGAGCCAUCAUGGCCUCUUCUCCUCGAAAACGGCAGGUGGCCGCAUGCCCCUCACGCCAUCUCCCAGACAGAGAACCGUCAGCGUGUCCAAUGUCUCGACAACCUCAUCACCUUCCACUCCGCUGCAGAAAGAGCAGUCUAUCCACAAGUCAGACCCCACAUUCUUCUCCAAGUCGAUGUCGAGGUCGGUCUCCAAGUUCGCUUACGCCAACUCACCAAAGUCCAACAUUGCAAAGUCACGCCAGUCUCCCAAGCAACUAGAGCUCGGUGUCUCAGAUUGGACUCUUACAGGGACUGGGCCAGCCACAGGUGCCACCCCAUCAAGAGAAAAGUCAAGGAAGGAAACUGCACUGAGAUCAAGAGUCGGAAAGACAACCAUCAGACUUCCACACAAUGCCGCAGACAGAUUCAUUCCUAACCGGACUGCCAGUGCUGGUCUCGCAACUGCCGGCUGCGGCAAGCCUGAUGAGAACACUCGACCUCGUACUGCGGAUGGGUCCGUAGUCCUUGCAAAUGCUGCCAGUGCCAGUGCCUUCGACAUUUCCGCUCGGGGUGCAGAUACAGACAUCGCCACGGCACUAGAAGGUCUUGGUCUUGAAGAUGACAAUACCACCUCCUACACCCGAAGCAACCCUGACUCGACCGCUUACGAAUCAUCACUGGCGUCCGCAUGUGGAAUUUCCACUAGUCAACGCAUCCUCGAGUUCAAGCCUGCUCCCCCCGAAUCCUCCAAGCCGAUUGAUCUUCGAUCACAGUAUAACCGACCUCUCAAGCAAGCUAAUGCUCAAUCGGCACAGUUCCGUCGACGAAUUCAAUCUGCCCCAGAGAGAGUGCUGGAUGCACCUGGCCUGGUCGAUGACUACUACCUCAAUCUGCUCGACUGGAGCUCGGGUAACCAGGUUGCCAUUGGCCUGGAGCGAAAUGUGUACGUCUGGUCUGCCGACAGUGGCACAGUGAGUUGCCUAUUGGAGACAUCACCCGACACAUACAUUAGCAGCGUCAAAUGGUCCGGCGAUGGCGCCUAUGUUGGUGUGGGCCUUGGUUCCGGCGAGGUUCAGAUCUGGGAUGUUGAAGAAGGCACUAAGCUUCGAAGCAUGUUCGGCCAUGAAAGUCGGGUCGGUGUGAUGGGAUGGAACAAGCAUACCCUGUCAACCGGGGCGCGAAGCGGCCUCGUCUUCAACCAUGACGUGCGCGUUGCUCAACAUAAGGUUGCCGAGCUCGUCUCCCACACGUCUGAGGUCUGUGGGUUGGAAUGGCGCAGCGACGGCGCGCAACUAGCAACGGGUGGAAAUGAUAACUUGGUCUCAAUCUGGGACGCCCGCUCAUUGGCCGCGCCCAAGUUCGCCAAAAAGAACCACCGCGCCGCUGUCAAGGCACUUAGCUGGUGCCCCUGGCAGUUGAACCUCCUUGCGACUGGGGGUGGCUCCUACGACCGCCACAUUCACUUCUGGAAUACGACUACAGGAGCACGAGUCAACAGCAUCGACACCGGAUCCCAAGUGACCAGCCUCAAGUGGAGCAAUCACUACCGCGAGCUGGUCAGUUCCAGCGGCUUCCCAGACAACUCCCUGAGCAUCUGGAGCUAUCCCACCUUGGUCCGCAAUGUGGAAAUCCCAGCACACGAGACUCGGGUCCUGCACAGCUGUCUGAGCCCCGACGGACAGAUGCUGGCAACGGCGGCGGCUGAUGAAAGUCUAAAAUUCUGGAAGGUCUUUGAACGCAAGGCAGGAGUCAGCGCGGCAGCGUCCAGAGAAGGCGGCGUCGGCAAGGGCGGAGCUAUGGCGAAGCAAAUGACCAUUCGAUAA